AUGCCAGGUGGUCCCGUUGCAGCAGGUCCCGCUAUCGGGGCCAACGCCCGCAAGAAUAAGCUCGCUGGCAUUGGCAUGACCGCCUUCGCCGCCUUCGGUGGCAUCCUCUUUGGCUACGACACCGGUACCAUCUCUGGCAUCAUCGAGAUGGCAGAUUGGCUCAAGCUCUACGGCAAACCCUGCCCCGCCUCCCUCGCCACCACCAGCUGCACCGGCGGCUUCUAUCUCCCCUCCAGCAGGUCGUCCCUCGUCGUCUCCAUCCUCUCCGCUGGUACCUUCUUCGGUGCCCUCUUCGGCGCUCCCGUAGCCGACAUCCUCGGUCGUCGUCUUGGCAUCAUGCUCGCCUGCAUCGUCUUCGUUCUCGGUGUCGCCCUCCAAACCGGCUCACACAACCUCGCCACUUUUGUCGUCGGUCGUGUCUUCGCGGGUCUCGGUGUCGGUCUCGUCUCCACCCUCGUCCCCAUGUACCAGUCCGAGUGCGCACCCAAAUGGAUCCGUGGUGGCGUCGUCACCCUCUACCAGUGGGCCGUCACCAUCGGCCUUCUGCUCGCAUCCGUCAUCAAUAACGCGACCAAGAACCGCCACAGCCACGCCGCCUGGCGUAUCCCGAUUUCAAUUCAGUUUAUCUGGGCAUUCAUCGUCUUCACCGGCAUGAUUUUCCUUCCGGAGUCGCCGCGUUGGUUGAUCAAGCGGGGCAAGGAUGCUGAAGCCGCCAAGUCAUUAUCUCGCCUCACGGGCCUCGUGCCGGGUGAAGCGGACCUCGAGCUUGAGCUGGCAGACAUCCGCGCGGGCCUCGAGGAGGAGAAACGUUAUGGAGAGAGCUCGUAUCUCGACUGUUUCCGCCCGUCGCACAACAAGAUUGCCCUCCGCACGCUCUCCGGUAUCUUUAUUCAGGCAUGGCAGCAGCUCACAGGUAUCAACUUCAUCUUCUACUACGGCACGACGUUCUUUAAGAACUCUGGCAUCAAAAAUCCGUUUCUCACCUCGGUCGCGACGAACAUUGUCAACGUGUUCAUGACGCUGCCGGGUAUCUGGGGUGUCGAGCGCUUCGGCCGUCGUUCGCUGCUCCUCUGGGGCGCCGCGCUCAUGUGUGUCUGCGAGUAUCUGAUCGCCAUCAUCGGUGUCACCAUCUCGGUCGACAAUGCAUCGGGUCAGAAGGCGCUGAUUGCGCUUGUCUGCAUCUACAUUGCUGGCUUUGCCUCGACGUGGGGUCCCAUUGCGUGGGUCGUUGUGGGUGAGAUCUUCCCACUGAACGUGCGGGCCAAGGCAAUAUCGAUGUCGGUCGCGUCAAACUGGCUAUGGAACUGGGCGAUUGCGUACGCGACGCCGUACCUGGUCAAUUCGGGUAAGGGCAACGCAGAUCUCGGCGCAAAGGUGUUCUUCAUCUGGGGCUCGACAUGCCUCGGAUGCCUGAUAUUCACGUACUUCUGCAUCCCCGAGACGAAGGGGCUCUCACUGGAGCAGAUCGACUUGCUCUACCAGAACUCGACGCCGCUCACGAGUGCCAAGUACCGCCUCGAGCUCAUCACCGCGGACGUGCACGUCGCGGAUGUUGUGGACAAGGGGGUCCGCACGGACGAGAAGGUGUCCGAUGAAAAGGUCUAA